GAAAGAGUUGAGUGUUGAGUGAGGUUCAGUUGAAAGUAGGGAAGAGUUUUCAUUCGUUCUCGUUGUUUUAUUGUUUCUCAGAAGAGCCAAAAGAUCUAAGUGAAACUUCCACUCUUCGUUCAAGAAAAAGUGAUAAUUGUUCUGUGCUAAUCAAACUUUUUAGUGUAUUUUGUGCAAAUUGUAGUACUAGUUGGACCCCAUUACCGUAUUCAUGUUGUUCUUAUAAUUUCCGGCAAGAACUAAGUUAAAUAGCCCAAAAUAAAUAACCAGCAUAGAUUUCCGGGGUAAAUAAGACAUUUAAUAAAAACCAGCUUAGGACUUAAAUGAAAUUUAAAUAACUUAACUCACUCAAAAUGUUGGCUCCUACUGAAGGAUCUACCAAUGAUUCAGAUAUUAUUAAUUUAGAUAAAACGAAUGAUAAAGCACCAUUGAUUUUGCCAAGGAGAUUUUGGCAUGGUUUGGCUGGAUUAUGUGGAUUUAAAAGAAAUACAGGGAUGUCAUCUGAAAAUGGUUACGUUGAAUUUGGCGGACUUGGUGAAACACCAAGUGGCAGAACUCUUGGGACAUUUGCAGGGGUUUUCAGCCCUGUUGCUCUAUCAAUGUUUAGUGCUUUGCUCUUCCUGAGAGUGGGUUUUUUGGUGGGCAACGCUGGUCUUCUCGUAACAUUGUUCCAGUUUGCCAUUGCUUACGGUAUCUUGCUGUUUACUGUAGCAUCAAUAUGUGCAAUCUCUACCAACGGAGCAGUGGAGGGAGGCGGUGCUUAUUUUAUGAUCAGCAGAACUCUCGGACCCGAGUUUGGCGGGUCGAUCGGAACGUUGUUCUUCUUAGCAAAUGUUGUGAGCAGCGCUCUCUACAUUGUGGGUUGUGCGGAAGGUUUGGUGGAAAACUUUGGACCUGCAGGGAUCCUGGUAGAAGGUACAGGGCCGUUGCCGGAUGGUCACUGGUGGAGAUUCCUGUAUUGCUCGGUGCUGAAUGUGCUGAAUCUACUGGUGUGUCUGAUUGGUGCCGGGUUAUUUGCCAAGACAAACGUCAUCAUUCUAGCGACUGUCUGCAUCUCGCUGGCCUCAACCUUCUACAGCUUCAUAGUUCAACCCGCCAGGGAGAUCCCAAUCCCAGAAGCUAACCACAUAGUGCAGAAUAGCACCAAUCUGGUGAACGGUUCAUUCACCGGACUCUCCGCCGAGACCCUUCACAGCAACCUUUACCCGGACUAUGGCAAGGAUUACACUAGUGACUCCAAACACCCUGCGGACGUCUUUUUCUCCACGGUGUUUGGAGUGUUGUUCAGUGGAGUCACUGGGAUAAUGGCUGGAGCGAAUAUGUCUGGAGAGCUGAAAGACCCGGCCAAGAACAUCCCGCGAGGCACACUAUCCGCAGUUUUGUUCACGAUGGUGUGCUACGUUGUUGUGGCACUGCUAACAGCUGCGUCGUGUUCUCGCUUUCUGCUGCAGAACAACUACAUCUUCAUGCUGCCUGUCAACGUGUGGCCUCCCUUCAUCACUAUCGGGAUACUGACGGCAACGUUCUCUGCGAGUCUCAGCAACCUCAUCGGUUCAAGCAGAGUUUUGGAGGCUCUUGCUAAGGACAACGUUUAUGGUCGUCUGCUGUGCUUUGUGUCCGCGGGGGUUUAUCGCAACAACCCCAUAGUGGCUGUGUUCGCCUCCUGGGCCCUGGUACAGGUCAUUCUCCUCAUCGGAUCACUUAACCUCAUCGCUCAGAUCAACUCUGUGCUCUUCCUUCUCUCCUACCUCGCCACAAACUUGGCCUGUCUCGGGUUGGAACUUGCAUCUGCGCCUAAUUUCAGGCCCUCCUUCAAGUUCUUCACCUGGUACACAGCUUUCUUUGGACUGGUGGGGACUCUGAUCAUGAUGUUCAUCAUCAACCCCCUGUAUGCGUUCAGCAGCAUCUUGCUGUGUGUGCUGCUGAUUCUUCUGCUGCAUCUCUUCUCUCCUUCCCGCAGUGCUGACUGGGGCUCCAUCUCUCAAGCUCUUAUCUUCCAUCAGGUGAGAAAGUACUUGCUGAUGCUGGACUCCAGGAAGGAUCACGUCAAGUUUUGGCGUCCCCAGAUCCUGCUGAUGGUGGUCAAUCCACGGUCGUCCUGUGCGCUCAUAGACUUUGUCAACGUGUUGAAGAAGAGUGGUCUGUAUGUGCUGGGACAUGUCAAGGUGGGACCAGAGUUUGCAGACCUGGAGACAGACCCGACGUUAGUGGAGAGCAGUCACUGGCUGUCCCUGGUGGAUCAUCUGAAGGUAAAGGCCUUCAUUGAGCUCACAGUGGCUCGUAGUGUGAGAGAAGGCAUGCAUCAUCUCAUCAGAAUAUCGGGUAUGGGAGCCAUGAAGCCUAACACCAUCGUGCUGGGCUUCUACGAUGAAGAACAACCCAAAGACUUCUUCCUAAGAGCGGAAUCCCCUUACCGCACAAACCGGUUCCAAGAGGAGUUCCACGGAGGAAGUUUGUUUCCGUUGCGUAAAGAUGCCUCGGAAAAGCAACUCUCUGGCUCGGAGUACAUCUCGCUGAUCAGCGACGUGCUGCGGAUGAAGAAAAACGUCUGUUUGUGUCGACACUUUCACAACCUGGACAAGUUUUCUGUCGCUCAACAGGGAAGAUACCGGUUCAUAGAUGUUUGGCCGGUCAACUUCUUCAACCCUAAUUCUGAGGAUCCGUUUGAUACCAGCAGUCUGUUCAUGCUGCAACUUGCCUGCAUCAUUCAAAUGGUUCAAGGCUGGAAGCACCUGAAGCUGAGAGUGUUUCUGUGUGACGGACGGACAACUCAUAUCACAGACCUCACGGACUUCCGCAACCAGAGAAGCAACGAGCUCAGGUUCAAGCAGCAACUGCAGCAGUUGCGCAUCUCUGCUUCUAUACAUCAGGUGGCAGAUUGGUCCAGAUUGCUGGCGUCUCUACGGGGAGGCUGCGUGCUGCAGACGACGGAUGACGUGCAAGUUGUGGCUGACAACAUUUCAAGAGCUUAUCUACUGAACGUGAACCAAAUCAUGCGGCUGCAGUCUGAGCAGACGGCGUUGACGUUUGUCUACCUUCCCCCGCCACCUCAGGUGAAGAUCAGCAGCCAAUACCUACAGUGCUUGACAGAACUCACGGCUGACCUACCUCCCACGGUGAUGGUGCAUGGGGUCAGUGCUGUCACUUCCACCACCCUCUAGAGUCCAACUAGCCUGUACUUUCCAAAAUGUGCUUUUACAUCUUUUUAAAAUCGUUGAGCGUUUUGCAAAACGUAUUAGUGGUGUGAUAUGUUUUAGUGGCUCUAUCAUCACAGGUCUUCCGUAGGUUCGCCAAUUGAAUAAUUGAUGUUUUGUUUCCUCGACUCUGUGAUACUAUAUUUACCUUUAUUAUUGCUAUUUUGAAUUAUCAUACAGAGAAACCUCUUGAAACCGUCUCUCACCCGAUGACUGUUUACGGAAUAGAUGAAUAAUAUAAAUUACUUAUAGAUUACAUUUGAUUGUAGAUUGGGAAAAUUACAAUAAUUUUAAAAAAGAACAAUACAGUGUAUGUGAAUUACACAUAAUUUUAUUUACAAUGUUUACUUGCUGAUACAUGCACUGUAUAUUAUUGAAAAACUUAUUUAAAAAAUUUACUGUAAAAAUAAAGAAUCAUGAAUUUUUUUGGUGACGAAUAACAGAGGUUGAUCGAUAAAAAUGUGAUAAUUUAUCGAUAUUCUUCUGUAUGUAUUUCAUUAAGUAAUCCUAUUUUAACCUAGAGCAUUCCUUUAUUUUUAAUUUAAAACACCGACUAUACUGAUUUUAUUAUAUACUAUACUAAGGUUUUGUAUACAGACUUGUAUCAGUGUUUUAUACAAAUGUGUAUGUGUAAAUGCCAUAUAUUUUAAUAAUGCUUUCCAGU